AUGACACCCACCAGCGACACUAAGGAGGCAGUGGACGUCGUGAAUGGAAGGCCUCUUCAGCUUGUGACCAUCAAAAUGGCUGACAAUGAGGUCCGUGUGAACGACGAGGCAAUGGAGGAGCUCACCAAGAACUUGGUGGCGACUGGCUGUGAUAAUAUAUCCGUGGUAUCUAUCAUGGGAGCAUAUCGCACAGGGAAGAGUUUUAUGCUGGAUUUGUUCUUACGAUACCUUCGCUACACUGAUGGUAAGGAGGACAGCGACUACCCUUUGGGUGAGGUUGUCGUGGCAUAG